ACAAGAUGCGGGAGAAGACGAGGAUCAGGAAUCGAGAAACUAGAGCCCUCCUUCCAGGAUCUGCAUUCGACAGGAUUACAGAUGCAAAUGCUGCGCUAAGCACAAGGCCAAAAUACACGAGCGAUACUGAAGACACUCCCAGCAAGACAAGCAUGGCGUCUGCUGCCACGCCUACGAAGGUUACAAAAUCUAAGAAAGCAACAACCGCGAAGAAGAUGCCUGAGAAGAGGGAACAGCCAAAGGAAGUAGAGUCAUGGCAACCAGCUGGAGGCGAACGGAAAGCGGUGGAUGUGGCUGAAGCAACCUCGGUACUAGGCAUUGCGCGAAUCGCUGCUUGGAGGCUGGACAGCUUCAAAGAUGAGCUCGAGGAGCUACUGGACACUGUUGAACGAAACGACGUGCAGGAUAUAUUCCACUAUGUGGUUGACCUAGGUGGAGAAAAGAUUGCGGAUGUCUACGUGCGAUUUGGGAGCAAGCUUAACGCCUCAAUCAUGAGACAGAGCAUUGAUGGAAAAAUGCUUGGUAGUAGAAGACUGAGGAUCUAUUAUGCGGCAGAAUAGCCUCUGUGUGAGAAGGUCACUCACAAUUGCAUCGCGUUUGGUGCUG